GUUGCUGUUGUAGGUAACAAUGGAGUGGGCAAAAGUACAUUCUUGAAGCUUUUAAUUGGUCAGCUUGAACCGGUGAGUGACUCAGUAACCAAACGACUGCGGACUAAGUUAAUUGCAUUGCUUUCAGAGCUGUAUAUCGGCUUCGUUUUUCUCUGUGGGCAGAUUUGGCAAAAACAAAGCGACGUCAAAUGAGAACUGCGAAAACGCUUUGAAAGGACUGAACACGACUUUCGUUGUUCACUUUGCCGCUUUAAUAAUAAUAACAAUAAUAAUAAAAAUAGUAAUCUUGUAAAAACCUAUACACAAAAGAAAAAAAAAAGCAGGAGGGUAAUUAUAGUUCUUUGCCAUAUACAUACAUGAAAUUCUCAAACUAAAAGCAUAGGAGUUAGUUGAAAAAUAAAUAUAUAUAAAUUCAUUGUAAAACAUGUGCAUGACAAAACCAUCCAUUAUGCCUAGUAGCCUCUAUCAGCCUCCAUAUUAGUAAUAAUAGUAGUAGUAAAAAAUAAUAUUAAUAAUGAUAAUAAUAAUUUGUUUCUUAUAUUGCGCAAAUUACACUGAUGUUUAUAUGAUCAAAUGGCACCUGCUGUUGUUUAAGUCCCGAGAGUGACUAACAUCAAUUUUCUCCCAACAAUACUGAGAUUUGUACAUAAUCAAAAGGGUUACUAGAAUUAAUAAAAUGAUCACCAAAGUGUCUUUGUCUUUGCUAAAUCUGCCUAGGGUCUUACACUACGAACCUUGAAUAGAGUUUUGUUAAAUCAGUGAUCUUCAAAUUCAGGCAGCGGAUCGCCCUAAAAAAUCUGAAACGGGAAUCUUGUCCAACUCUCGCUGUUUUUGUUUGUUUGUUUUUCUUCCAGCUUAAAGGUGACUCGGUACGGAAUCACAGACUUGUAAGUAGAAUAGUUAUGAUUUUUCUACCACAUAUUCUUAAUAAAUACUCUAUAGAUUGAUAGCCUCAUGAGUAUCAAAAAACAGCUCUUAUUGCUUUAUAACAAAGGAAGCACAAAAACCUGACAACUAGCCUGCGAGCAAAAAAACUAUGAACCGUUUGAUUAUAACCAUUUCACUGGAAUCUUUCCAUCAAAGUGCUGCUUUGUUUUGUUUUUAAUGUUUUCGUAUUUGUCUUAUUUCUUUACAGCGUAUAGGCUCGUAUAACCAGCAUUCUGCUGACCAGGUAAUUUUUUAUGUUCUCAGUUUUUGUCAAUAAAGCUUUUUGACAAAAAAAAAAUUUUAAACGUCAUUACCUGUUAUCCUGUAUUUGUAGCUGAACAUGGAAGAGUCACCAGUGGAGUAUCUUCAGGUAAAUAAUUUUGCUUAUGUCUGUCCGUUGGUUUAAGUGUUCUCGCGUAAUUUUAGUUGAUAAUUAAAUAGCAUGGACUUCAAAAUAAAAUGAGACGUUCAGCCUCCAAUCGAAAUCAGCCGUCCAGUUGCUUUUGGUUUGUAUUGCUACGCCUUCUGAUCAGCUUUAUUUGAAGUACAGGCAUAGACAACAACCGUGGCAUAUUGGGUUUUCCGCGCAUAGACUUGCCUGAAAAUAUGAUUGGUCGAUCGGGUGGUUGUGUCUGCUGUGAUUGGCUACACUCACCGCUUGAGUUUUUAAACGAAACUCAAUUCAAAAACCCGCGUUUUAUGUUAAAUUGUUGUAGAAAAGUAUUUUUUUGCUCUCAGUGGUUUUCGAAUGAAGUACACCGGCGAAUAUCCAUGCCGAACUUGUUUCUUGGAAAACCUCCUGAGUCUCUUAAAGACGCCAUUUUGAUUUGUGUCAAGGGAGACUGGAAACAAGCAAUUUGAAAAUUUUAACCGUGCUAACACGACUGCUAAUAUAACACUAUAUCGCCUGCCGAUUGCCGACUUACCAGAAAAUAAUUCUAAUUCUAAUACCAUCAUGCUGUCGUUUUAAAGAGGUACUUGUAUUAAUGUUGUUAAUCUCUUUAACGUUCUUAGAGGAAAUAUAACUUGGAUUAUCAAACAUCUAGGAAACACCUCGGAAGGUUUGGGUUAGUGAGUCACGCUCACACCAUCAGAACUAAAGAUUUAUCAGGUAAUUCACCAUCAGGGUCGAAAUGAAACUUAAGCAAUCUUCUUAACUUCCUCGGGAAUUCUUCUUUUUUUGUUAUAAAGCCUAUUACACUUCUGUCAUUCUCCACUGAAAGUGAAUAUCUAAUUUUCUAUUUUCAAUUAGAUAUUUCUGUCACAAGGAAAAAACGUUUAAUACGCAUGCUUUUUUCUCAGGCGGUCAGAAGUCACGUGUAGCUUUUGCCGAUCUGGCGCUCAGCAACCCAGAUGUAAUUGUACUGGUGAGUAUUUUGACCAGAAAAACUUUGCAGAAUGAUUCACUGCAACUAAAUGAUCUUAAUUAACGAUCCGGGUAAUACGGAAAGCAAUUCAGUUCUUUUGUUUUGGCGCAAUACACGUUCCUCGCUUAAGAAUAUUUUGUUUUUCACGUAGAGAAUGCAUAAAACUUCAAAAAGGCAGUUUACGAUAUAGAAUGUCUUUAAACUCCCUUUUUAAGGGUGUUUUUUUGUGUUAAAAGAGUUCGACCAAUCAUUAGAGUUGCGAGCAAUAGCCAAUAAAUGUUUACAAUUUCACAUGUUCCUUACAUAGGUUUUCUGUGUUACUUAGACUCAGACGAGAUUUUGUGCUAAGGAAGUUGGUUAGAAAACAAAGGAUUAAUAUACAUGCUGCUUUGCGAAGAUCGUCAUCAGUAUGGAAUUUCAACAGUCUCUGCCCAGACGUCAUUUCUCGGAGAAACCGGUGAUGGCGUCGCGAAAUGUCGGUUGUUUUCUCAGGCUUAAGUGUUUCUUACCCAAAAAUAUCGGAUCAAUUUAGGUUUGUGAUAAACUGCCCACCUACCCCUUCCCUUAGCCAACAUUUUGCCCUAAGUGAGAAGUGAGUGUUAAUGUUAGCUUAGGGGAGGGGUAAGUGGGCAGUUUCCAAGAAGUCUAACUGGCUUACUUUGCAGAAACAUAAUCAUUCACUGGAAGUAAAUAAUGUUCAAUGGCUUUGCGUCAAGCUGAAGCGUUUUAUAUUUUUCCUUCAGGAUGAACCCACCAACAACUUGGACAUCGAAUCUAUUGAUGCACUGGCUGACGCCAUAAACGAAUUUACUGGGGGUAAGAGUAGAAUAUGAGUGUGAUCUUUUAGUGUUUUAAAAAAUAAAAUAUGAAUAAAAAUAUGUCCACCACUGCUCUAGUUCUCAAACCUCAAGUGCUUGAGGCCUUAUUUGCAUUGUCGUGUUGCUCGCUCCGCCAGCGAAAAUCGUCAGAAAUAUGCCCUGAGCUCAAGGCUUGUGGAACGAAUCUAGACGGGUGGCGUUGGGGUGGUGAAACACCCUGAAAUGUAUUUGUCAUUUCAUCUACAAAAAUUAACACAGUAGAAUCUCCAAGUGCGACCACCUCUCUCUCGGUGUUCUUUGGGCACCGGAGAUCGGAGAAUUCUCAGUUUAGGUUAACGUUAGUUAGCCUAAGUUAGACGUGGAGUCUCUAUAAAAAUAUUCCUCCGCCUGUAGCGGUACACCUUUCUUCCGCUACUAGAAUUCUUAAAGAAAACUCCGCUCUCGUAGGCGACCACCUUCCAUAAGUGACCAUCUUUCCAAAACACCAAAUUUUCUCAGUCAAAGUCCUGUAGUUAGAACGUGUCAUGAACUAACACCUCUCAUAAGCCGGCCACCACGACUACGAAAAAAGCGGCGAUUUUGUUACAAAUAGUGACGGUGCGUUCUCAGACUCGUCUUGUGAAAAGUCAUGAGUCCCAGUCCAGAACCAGUGAGUCCCAUUUAAAAAAAAGAGUUCUAAAUUGAAGAAAUAUACACCGUUAAAUACAACCAUAAUAACGGUCUCAAAAAUCACACCAACAGGAUAAACCCCCAACCUUAAGGAAUGAAGGCUGGCAUGAGGUAAUAUUCGUAGAAGUUUGUUAUAGGGUUUUUGUUCUGGCUUUUUCAUUUUUAUCAGGAGUGAUAUUGGUAAGCCACGAUGCGCGGCUUAUACUGGAAACAGCGUGUCAACUUUGGGUUGUUGAGAACCAAGACAUUUCUGAAGUGGAUGGAGAUUUUGACGAUUACAGGCAAGAAAUUUUAGAGAAACUUGGAGAGGAAGUCAUCGCCAAGUCGCAAUGA